UUGAUUCCACACUGAAGGACCCUUUUGCGGUUUACAGAUUCUUUUUCGAGUUCCUAGUCUCUCUGACUCUUGCGAUCCCUGCGGAUCGAAGCCAUGGCCUCCGCUACCGUGGAGCGGCAGCACAACCACCUACACACCGAGUCUCUUACUCUUAUCGAUCUUCGCCUCCUUUCCCAGGCGGAACUACUCUCGCUAUCGCUCUGUUCCUCCUCCCCUUCACCUCCCUCUCAAGACGACACCGACGUUUCCACUCCCAAAAUCGACCGUUCUGCUUUCAAUGAAUCCGCCGGCAGUCGCAAACAGACAUUCUCGCGCCUCCGCCUCGCCCCCCGGAAUCAACAAUAUCACCCCCUGUCCACCACUUCCGCUGGCGAAACGUCAGUUUCCAGGCAGCAACUACAACAGCCGCUCUGUGAUGAAGAGAACUCCCGCAUCGUUGCCCUCCUCAGGCGCCUCUUCGGCGGCGAGAAUUCUCUAGCUGAGACUAAUGUUAAUUACAAUGGCUCUAACGAUGUCAGCGAUAAUAACCUAGUGACCGUCCCGAUUGAAUUCAAAGAAGAAUUUACAUUACCCAGGACAACAUCAGUAGGCGCUAAUUUGCAGACUAUCCCUGUUGGCAUUGUGGAUUCUAGCGGGAAUAAUUACGGUUCUACCAGCACUGUGGGUCCCGAUUCUGGCGGAACAAGAAAGAGAAAGCGAGGGAGGCCUCGUAAGAAUGAGAACGUUGUGAAUAUGACUAACAGCCUAGCUAUUAAGAGCGAGUGCCUGCAUGUGCCAAUCCAUAGCCAGAGCAGUGGAAUUAAUGAGAGCAAGGCCAUGGUGAUGAAUUCAAGUGCGGAGGAUAAGGAAAUGGUGAUGGUUAAUAGGAACGGUACUAUGGUGGAUUUGGCGGCCUUGAGUAGGGCGGAGGAUCCUUAUGGGGAAGAGUUGAGGAGGAGGUCGCUGGGGAUAGGUACAGAGGAAGGAUUGUUAGGGUUUCUGAGUGGUUUGUCGGGGGAGUGGGGAAGCAGGAGGAAGAAGAGGAAGAUUGUGGAUGCUAGUGAUCUUGGGGACUUCUUGCCUAGAGGAUGGAAGCUCAUUCUUUGCAUCAAGAAGAAAGCUGGUCAUGUUUGGUUGGCUUGCAGGAGAUACAUUAGCCCUAAUGGACUGCAGUUUGUAUCCUGCAAGGAAGUUUCUUCAUAUUUGCUUUCCUAUUUUCACCUCCGAGAUACUAGUCUGCUCAGUUGUGAUCUGGAUGAUGAAGACAUUCGUUUGGUGGAUAAUAUGACCUCUCAAAACGCUGCACUUCAAGCUGUUGAAGAUGACAGGAAAUGGGGUGAUGCUGGUCAUCGUUCUCAGCUGUCAAUUACUUACGGUGAACAUGAGAAGCAUACUAUAUCAGAGUUAAGAAGUUCAGGUGAGUAUGAGAGAAGGGAAAAUUUUAAAUGCCAUAAGUGCACCAUGGCUUUUGAUGAGCCUGAGGACUUGCUGCACCACCUAAGUUCAUAUCACCAUAGGACUCCGAAGAGGUUGAAGCAAGAUCUUUCCAUCACUGAAGAGGUGAUAAUUAAAGAUGGACGAUAUGAAUGUCAGUUUUGCCGUAAACUUUUCGAGGAAAGGCAUCGCUACUAUGGUCAUCUAGGGAAACACGUCAAGGAUUACUUGAACAAAGUUGAAGCUUCAGCAAAUGUGCAAAAUAGCACAGGACCUGCUUUUGUCGGAGGUACUCUUGACGCUCUGAAGAUGCAAGAUUCAAUCAGAAAGGACAAGGAUUCUUUUCCAUCAACUACCAGUGCCAAAACCAGGGAUAAAACAAGUUCUUGUUGUGACUCACAUACUUCUGUUGAUUUAAGUUUUGAAUGUGGUGGUUUGUUGUUUCAUGAUGAGCAGUCUCUGAAGCCUAACAGAAAUGGUAAAAGUUCUGUUGAAGACUGUUGUGAAAAGGAGAAUUUAUUUGGCAGUAUGAUCAAAGAUCAGGAAAAGGAGAUGAAUGAAUGUACUAAUCUUGUUGCUGAUAAACCUAAUAGUUGUGUUGGUGCUGAAUCUAGUUUGCUGAAUAAUGAGAUUAAUGAAACAUACGUUCUCAAGUUCAACACCAAUGGAAUUAAUAAUUGUGAUGUGAAGGAAAUAACAGCUCAUCGUUGUUCCAUUGCUGCAUCUGGAAGUGAUGGAGCAUGCAUCAUUGACAAUGAUGUUGAUGGAGUGCCCACCAGCUCAGGAGAGGAAGAGCAGCAGGAAAUAGGCUGCCGAAGCGAUUUAUUUGCUUUUAAGAGUAAAGAGAAAGAAAUCAGCAAUCAGAAUACAGAGGAUGCUGGUUUAGGUGGGAAAGAUGAAUUGAUAUCUGAUUUUGGAAGUAAGCCACAUGGACAGGAGAAUGCUGCAAUUGGCAUUGAGGAGCCGCAUUCUGAAGGAUGUUCAGUUGUUCAAUCUGGUGAUGGACAAGGAUUUCGGUCCUUGAAUAAUUUGAAGGGGGUUGUGACUUCCAACGUGGUCCAGGAAAGAUUUUUUGAAGGCAGUUUAACUUCAUCUAUGGUACAUGAGAAUUCCUCCACUAUAGGGGCUUAUUUGAAUAACAUUUUUACCAGCACUUCAGAUAAGACAAACUUUGUUGAUGUGCGUGAGUCGGAAAAUGUUGAAGCUCCAACUGGUUCUGGCAAGAAUCGAGCUACAUCAUAUGAGGAGGCUGUGGCAAACAAUGAUCAUGAGAGAAUUUAUGGCAGCUAUUCAGCUACUCCAUCUAGGAAUGAGAGACCUUCAGUUAUUGAACAUUAUAUUCAUGGGACUUCAAGUUGCACAGCUAAUAAACCCCAGGAAGAAACAUAUAUUGAAAAUGAAUCAUGCAAGUUAUCUGGUGGUGAGCAUCAAUCUCCGUGUGUUGAUAAUAAUGAGAAUAAGUUUUUGAGUGGCAAAAUUAUGGUGCCCAGGCUUGAUGCAGCUAGAAACUCUUGGAAUAUUGGGCCAGGCAAUAAUACUGGACCACAUGCAGCUACCAUGUCCCGUUUUGAGGUGGAAAGAAGUUCUGAAGGUGAUUUAGUUCCAAUCACAGUCGAGCCUUCAAAAAAUUAUGAGGCUUGCAGUGGUAUGCUAAAAGAGCUUAAAGUUGUUAGAAAUUUCGGAUUAGAUAGAUCAUUUAGUGAUGAAGAAACCUGUGGUAAUGGAAAUAAUGAAAGUAAGGUAACAUCAGAUGAUUCCGGACAUAAGGAAAUUAGCACCUCUGGCCAUACUGACAUAGGUAAUUCUUUUGGCAAUAAUGAUGAUAGACUGAAUGCAAUUACUAACACUGUGCAGGAAAGUUGCUCUGACAAUUGUUCCCUGGUUGUUUCUGAGAAUGAGCGAACAAUUCCUUGUAACACUAAUGAAAUUGGUGCUUGCAGCAGCUCCGUGGAUGAGCUGAAACAGAAAAAGGGCUCUCUAGAGGCAAUAGCCUCCCUCCCUGGUUUUCAUUUUGUAGAUGGUGACAGAACUAAUUUUAGUGGGGCCUUUACCAGCACUGUUCAGAAAGAGCCAGGGUUAAAGCAUUUGAAAUAUCCUGGGAAGAACAAUUCACUGACUGGUUUCAGCAACUGUUCUGAACCCAAUGACAAUGUCAUGGCUGAGGUGAUGGGGGGAAGGAAUGAAGAAAAUGGUUUGAUAAGCAGCUUAGCUGGUGCAUCAUCUCAACAGGUGCAAUCAGCAGACAAUUUUCCCGCUCAUAUAAUGUCAGAGAAGGCAUGAACGGGAUGGAAGACUCCAGAGACGUGUUGAGCUGCUCACCAUGUUAGUGCAUGCUUGUAGCGGGAGGUUUAUCUUCUGGUGCUGGCCUGACUUGACCCAUGCUGUUAUCACCCAACUCCAGCCAUC